UGUUGCACGACGUGCAACGCAUAUUGGGCAUAGGUAUUGAAGGUUCACUAUCGGCUGAACCUGCUGAGGGGAGUGGAAGCUCGCUAUUGCUGGUCUGUUUGAGGAGCCCAUGUCCGAGCUACAACAGAAAGGGAUAUUCACCAGCGGUUGGAUCAACGUUGGUGAAGUUAUGCACUUGUGCCAUCGGUCCCAGGCUAUGGAGACCUACUCGACAGCCUAUUAAAUAGUUGUUGUCGGCUCUACAUUGCUGGCGGAUAAGACUAGAACCAGCAUGCGACCUCACCCGAUACUAACCGUCAACGCCGAUCAGGAUGAGAUCACUUAGGGUGCGGUGACGCUGAAGUACAUGUAUCGGCAACUGGGAAUGGCAUCUAGGGUUGGUUGCAAGACCAUUGCUGGUUGCCUCACAUUGCUUCAGACAUGGAUUUACGAGUACUUUUCGACUUUCCGCUCUCAUCCUCGUCAAGAAAAUGUGGCUAAUAAGACUAGGGCGGAGAUGUGGUCCACGCCCAAGCCAGGUCGUGAGAUCAACAUGCUAAGGGACUGCAGGAGUAUAUUGGACUCCAUGACGGAAACUCAGGUGGAAUGGACUUUGUACAUGACUUUUCCAAAGGCAUUGCUAAAUGAGCACCCACGCACUGCCUACAUCGGGGGUAUCACUUGCUUUGAUAUCGUCGAGGUGUAUUUUUUGGAGAGGACAGUGCGACAGUUGGGCUUUGUGUAGGCUAUUCCCCCCGCUCCUAUUAGACCAACCCAGGCUCUACGACCGGCACAUGGUACCUAUUUCGUGACCUUUGCUUCUCUGCCUAUUUACACGGAGACAUGGAGUAGGUUCCCCUAUUGUGGCUGCCUUGGUGAUCAGGCACUUCAUCGGGCAUCUGUUCCAUCAGAGGUUGAUCCUAGUUACGUUGACUGGUUUAGAGUGUCCUCCUACCCACACAUCCUCCCCGGCGAAGGACCGAGUGCAGGUUUUGGUCUAGCUGAAAGCAGAGCGGAAUACGUUAGUUUUUUUAAUUUAUUUUUUUUCUAUUAUGUGUUUUUGUUAUUUAGAUGCUGGUUUAUUUAUUUAUUUUAUAGUUUCUAAAUGAAUGGCCGAGUCAAGUCGCUCCAUUGCUGAGACUGCCUCCUGUUGCGGAAAUGAGCCCUCGGGAAAGACAAGCUAUUGAUCUAUACGUUGAUGAUGUUAGAGAUUUAUUUGCCGAAUGGCAAGCUUUUAAGGGGCAUGGCCCUUCAUAGACUGUAUGGUUUUGUAAUUGAAAACUA